UCCUUAUCGAGAUACAAAGUCUCCAAGCGAGCAAUAUUCUUUUGUUUUCUUUCUUUCAAUAAAGUCCCCUAAAUUCCUCUCUCGCUCGUUAACCUUCAACGCUAUUCUGUGAUGAGCCAUGGGAUGCUGUUUUUCUGAACCUGUGGAUUUUGAUUCUGAAGUCAAUCUCUUUCAUUUCGACCUCCAUAGAGCAGUGGGCAAAGGCGCUUUCGGCAAGGUCAGGGUAGUUGAACACAAGCGUUCUAAGAAGCUUUAUGCCCUCAAAUACAUUGAUAAAGCGCGAUGUAUCAAACAAAAGGCUGUGGCGAAUAUCAUACAAGAACGGAGACUUCUUGAGGAGAUCGACCACGCUUUCAUUGUCAACUUGCGAUAUGCAUUCCAAGAUGAUGAAAACUGUUUCUUUGUGCUCGACCUCAUGCUGGGUGGAGACCUCCGAUUCCAUCUGGAAAGUAGAGGAUACCUCAGCGAGAACGUAGUCCAAUUUUGGACUGCAGAGCUGGCCUCGGCUCUCGUUUAUUUGCACAAGCAGCGCAUUAUUCAUCGUGAUCUCAAACCAGAUAAUAUUGUGCUUGAUGCAAAGGGCCAUGCACAUAUCACUGACUUCAAUGUUGCCAUUCAUUAUUCGGAGCGUCGGUUACACACUAGUGUCGCUGGGAGUAUGGCAUAUAUGGCUCCCGAAGUCGUUGGAAGGAAAGGAUACACAUGGUGUGUCGACUGGUGGAGUUUGGGUAUUACAAUCUACGAGUUAUUGUUCCGACGACGUCCAUUUGAUGGACGCACAUCUGAGAAGAUGACCAACUCUAUCCUCAAGGAUCCUCUGAGGUUCCCCGAUGAUGCCCAUAAGAAAUGCAGCUCAAACUGCGUGAAGUUUGUGCAAGCGUUACUCGAACGUAAUGUUAGCCAACGUCUAGGUUGCCGACCACACGGUCAAGGCUUCCAAGACAUUCAAAACCAUGCAUGGCUGCAGGGCGUAGAUUGGGAAGUAUUAGACAUGAAAGAAGUUCAGCCUCCUUUCGUUCCAGACAUGAAGAAAGCUAAUUUUGACGUAACUCACGAACUCGAUGAGUUCCUAAUGGUUGAAAAACCACUGACCCACACAAAACGCAAGGCAAAUCCGGACUUGGCCAAAAUGAAGCCGGAAGUGAGGCAGUUAGAAGAGCAAUUCACCAUUUAUGACUUUAUGUCCACCAAGCGCAGGUCGUACUAUCCUCAUAACGAACCCAUCACCACUGUCGUACGGAGUCUAGAUUCUGACCAAAUUCCGGUUGUUCAGUCAAUGUCAAACACCCUUAAUCCAACUACGACGAUGGGAGAUAGAUCUCGAGCUGGUUCUCCAGCUUUGGAUACCACUUUGCAUCAGCAUAUGACAAUACCUCUUUAGCAUAUGACUGUUUGUAUUGCCUUAAUAUUAACGGUCCGUCCUUAGUUCCCACUACUUUGGUUACAUCUCAUUUGUAUUCGGCUUUUUAGAUGCCCAAUGUGCACUUAAUGUUGUAUUUUCUAACUGAAGCAUUCAUAUUAUUCAUAUUUCCUGGAGUCUUUCGCAUUAGCCAAUUUAUGCACACAUUCGCACUUCCUUGCUCGCAUCGCGGCAUGUAUGCAGUAUCAUUGCUAGCAGCAUUCUAGCUGGUGUAUCUACCUUUGUAAACAAUAAGCUUGCAUCCGUUCAAUAUCCAUUAUCCGAGUCCUAGUAGGUGCUAACUUCAUUCUUUUUGUACUCGACUCGAACAAGAAACUAUGAGGAAAAUACUUUUCC